AUGAGCAUAUGUAAACUAGAAGUGUCUGCAGAUACCCGAAGAUUGCGGCUGGUGGUAGCGCAGACACCGGCGCGGACCACCGCCCCACCGGACCAUGAAAACAAGGACCGAGACGCCUACUCAAUGUCCGUAAGCAAAGUGCUUCGCGCGACACGGGCCAGCCAUGGUCAUGCUACUCCGGAACUCACCGUAAAAGAUCGGCCGCAUGGGCAUAAGGAUGCGCCUAUAGCCAAUGUUGCUGGCUUGUCAGGGGACAGUGCGUAUGAAUACACGGACCAGUUUGCGGCUGUAGCGGAGCGUGGUGUGGAGUCCACCCCAGAGCAGCUCGCUGACUAUUACUGCUCCGGGCUGCCAGACGGUCUCCAUCUUCUCAUAACCAUUAAAGGGCAGGUGAAGCAUUCGUCGUGGGAGCAGGCAGCGACAGCCGCAGCGCGGCUCUACGAGACUAAGCAAACCGUGCUAGAGCUACAAGAAAGGUCCAGCCGAGCUAUCAGAGCGGCUGUUCAGGCACGUGGAACCCAGAGGAACCACCAGAACGAAACUUCCCUUGCGGGGAACCCUGGAAACUGCUAUCAGUAUCAAUGUCGUGGAUACCCGCGACUCCUUUAUCCCAGAAAGGGAGAACGUACCAAGCGUCAAGCGAAGGCCUGUAGGAAGUGUGGCGUUGUGGGACACUGUGCUCGGGACUGUCCUCCUUACGACCGUGGCAGGAGUCAGCCGGAAGGCAAAAGCAGCAGACAGCCCACCCGUCACAGGACUGAGACAACUGAACCUUUAAGCAACAAGCUGCGGCUCAGUAGCAAGCAUCUACCGGCUUUGGACAGCUUCCCUAAGUUCGAGCGCCGUUACCAAGGACCUUCUGAAGUCAUCGAUUGUGUAACGGCUGUCGUUUACCGUCCCGCUUUGCCUCUCACCUAUGAAUACCACAACGUUUUCCACGCUUCGCAGUUAGUUCCACACCGCCGCCGCCUUCCCCGCUUGGUUACGCAGGAUGCCGACGCCGGCUGGACCCCCAUCCGCAAAGUGGCAGGCAAUCCAACACAGCAGCAAGAGGUAGAUUAUAGCCUUCCGCCUCCCGCAGGAUUGGCAGCCUUCCAUGACGAGGAGGGAGGGCGCACCUCGCAUUGCAUAGGCUCACGGCACUACCAUUAUGAGAGAAUAGAGAAUGAGGAGGCAGAAAUAAUGUGUUAUGAGUAG